UCAGCAGAAAAAGGUCAAUUUCAUGAAACGCAAUCAUGGAUCCCCCAACACCCUACGCUUACAUUCAAUCCAUUCAGGCCCCAGAUGUACCCCCACCAGAGUUUCAGAAUCAACCUCCUGACCCUCUCAUGUCCUCCAAUGGCUUCCACACGACACCCAGCUGGUUCUGCCAUAUUCUUGUACUGGGUAUUGCAGCCAGAGGAAUCAAGGAUUGUGAUACUGCAAGAAAGGUUCAGAAGGCUGACCCCGAGAAGUUGAGAAGGGACAGACUAAAUGAGCAGUUUCUUGAAUUGGGAAAUGCAUUAGGGUCUUGAAUUUGCCACCAUUGUCAAUUCUGUAUUAUCCAAGAAAAAAGUUGCUGCUUGAUUAGAUUGUAUGCAGUUCUUUUUGGAGGACAAAAAACAAAUGACGACAGUUAUUGCUUGAUGAUGUGAAGAAGUGCUUUUGAGGGCAGGAACAAAUAACAAAGAGAUGCUGUUGCAAAUCGAAGUCUGUCGUAUUCAACGUAUGAGCUAGUUUUUUCAAUUGAGUUUUGAUUAUUUAUCCAGAUAUAGAGGCAUUUGACAAAAGAUUCUGUUCAUGUUUCAGCAAUAUUAGCUUUGAGCUAUGAUGAAUUUCCAUAUCAGUUGAAGUCUUGCUUUCUAUACUUGAGCCGAGAGGCUGUUUACAGGAAUUGAACCUGUGAACUUUAGGUUGCACCCCUGUAACUCUGCCAUUGAGUCGCAUGUUUGCCUGGAGUGAGAAACCUCAUUACUUAGCACAAAUGUAUAACCUUGAGUGUGCAUGAAUCAAAAAUAAAGUGAAAAAGUUGCUCUAAGUUUAAGCUACACUCAAAGCAUAUGUGCCAAAACCAACCUUAUACAUUGAAUCCAAAACAAAAACCCCAAUCAUCCAUUCUUGAACUGAAAAGAGGAGAGAACUCAAUGGAGUGGUUCUACACCAGAAGAAGAAGAGGUCCAGAGUGGAAACAAGGCUGGACAGGCCAGACCUUGUCCUCCAUUUCCACACCACCACUCCCCCUUCUCACCAUUUUUGGGAUUGUCAUUGUCCUGUUGUGGCUCUCUCAGUACACAGAAUACAAGGCAGAGUUGCACCAAAGAACUACCAACUUCCAGCUCUUCAUCUUCCUGUUGCCAAUUCUGUUGAUAAUUUUCAUGGCUUCAUAUUCUGCAAUUGGGAGGUUCUCCUAUUGGCAGAGCCAAAAUCUGGGUGGGGGAUCUCCUUGGGGUAUUGCCAUAUUGGUUGUACUUGUUCUGUUAUUGGUUUGUUAUCAGUCUUAUUUUCAUUCCAAGUGGUUUGGUCCCCUUUGGAGAUGAAGAUUAAUUAAGCUGUGGAAUAUAAUUUUUCUCUAAAAGAAAAUGAAAAAUGUAGUAAAAUCUAUGUGGGUUGUAUACUUGUAUUGAUGUUUGAAGUGUCUGUUGAUCAGUUGUGUAAUUUAGCUCUAUUCAUGCAGUGUUUUGGGUGUCUGUGAUGCAGGC